AUGGGAGUUCCAGAGAAGGACCCUCUAGCUCAAUUGAGUUUACCUCCUGGUUUUAGGUUUUACCCUACCGAUGAGGAGCUUCUGGUUCAGUACUUAUGCCGCAAGGUUGCAGGGCACCAUUUUUCUCUGCCAAUCAUUGCAGAAAUUGACUUGUACAAGUUCGAUCCCUGGGAUCUUCCAGGCAAGGCCAUUUUUGGUGAAAAAGAAUGGUACUUUUUCAGCCCCAGAGACAGGAAAUACCCAAAUGGUUCACGACCCAAUAGAGUUGCUGGCUCUGGGUACUGGAAAGCCACCGGAACUGACAAAAUCAUCACCACUGAAGGUAAAAAAGUUGGCAUAAAAAAAGCACUUGUUUUCUACGUUGGUAAAGCACCCAAAGGCACCAAAACCAAUUGGAUCAUGCACGAGUAUCGCCUUCUAGAUUCUUCGAGAAGGAACAACAAUGGUAGCUCGAAGCUCGAUGAUUGGGUUCUCUGUCGGAUAUACAAGAAGCACUCGAGCUCGCAGAAGAAUGUGCAAAGCUUUUCCGGCAAAGAAUACAGCAAUGGAUCGUCACCUUCUUCGUCGUCCCACAUCGACGAUGACCGGUGCUUUGCCCUGCCGGAAAUUGAUGACCGGUGUUUUGCCCUGCCGCGCGUGAACUCGCUCAGAACGCUGCAGCAGGACGACAAGUUCAGUUUUCAGAACAUGGGUAACGGAAUUUUCUCUGACUGGGUUAACCCGACGGGUUUGGACUUGGUACCCGAGUUUGUUUCGGAUAGCCAAACUCAGGGGAUGGUGAAUUAUGGUGGUAAUGACCUAUUUGUCCCUUCUAUGCCACCGUUUGGGAACACCAACACGGUGGCGUUGCCCCGUAACUCAAUGGAGGAGGAGGUUCAGAGUGGUGUGAGGACCAACCCGGUUGCUCAGAAUUCCGGGUUUUAUCAGCAGAAUCCGAAUGUGUUCACACAGCGAUUGUUUUCUGGCUCGGAUGACCCGUUUGGGUUCGGGUAUCCGGGUCAGCAAAACGGGUUCGGGUUCCGGGAAUGAGAAGGAUCUGUGAAAAAUGGAAGUGCAUUUGUGUAAAUACUUGGGGGAUUCUUUGGCUUAUUAGAUUCCAAAAGUAGAAAGGGACAAAAUGCAGUUUUGGUCUUGGUUUUCGGCUAGACAAGGAGGUGGUGGCAUGGACACAUCCUAUGAAUUAAUGUGAACUAUGAAAGUUUCCAAUGGGAAUUGAACCAUUUAGUAUGAAAGUUAGUUUUGUUCGGAUGACAUUAUUUGGCUGCAGCAGGCUCAAUCGGCCACAUGAAUCAUGU